AGUCUGGGCUCCGCCCCGCCAGGGCUCGAGGCUGCGCGAGCCUCUUCUUUCCUCCUGGGCGUGCGGAGACUCGGUCUGGUUUCUAAGGCAACAACUAAAAACAUAUCUUGCAGGUGCCGGCUGCCACCGGUGCAACUGGCCUUGACAACGGAAAGCGUGGAGACUGCAGAAAAGUAAUAUGACUUCUUCAAAAGCAGAGGAAAAAUUCCCUUUUGUGGAUAUAUUCAAUGAGGAUGAAGCUGAGAGAAACUUUAUGUUGUCCAAACCUCUCUGCAUCAUAAUAUUUGGGAAACCAGGUGUUGGAAAGACAACAUUAGCCCAAAAGAUAUCACAGACAUGGAAAUGUACUCUUGUUGAAGUACUAUCACUUUUGGAAGAACAUAUUCAUUCUGGAACCCAACUGGGAAUUAUGUUGACUGAUAUACUCGUAAAAGGACAAAGUAUUCCAGAAGAAUUGGUUUUGAGGAUAAUGUUGGAGAAACUUCAUUCUCUGGAAGUUAUUCACUUUGGUUAUGUUCUGAGUGGACUGCCAGCUCUCUCAGAAGACUCAGUGACUAUUGUAGAACAAAUAGAAUUAAUUAAAAACCUAAGCUUAAAACCUGAUAUCAUCAUUAAUAUUAAGUGCCCUGAUUUUGACUUAAGUCAAAGGCUUUGUGGGCAAAGACAACACAGUCUUACAGGAUUUGUAUAUAUGCGAGAACAGUGGGAUCCUGAAUUUCUCGAGAGUCGUAGGAAGAAGAAGAAAGAAUUCCACAAGGAAAAAGACAAAAAAGCAGAGGAGGAAGUAGAAGAAGAAGUAGAAGAAGAAGAAGAAGAGCAAGUUUUCAUAGCAGAGAUGCAAAUGAUGGCAGAAAUUUUUCGUCAUUUAGUGCAGAAGCCUGAAGAUUUUAUGGAAAACAUUGAAGCAAGUAUUCGACAAUAUAGGAAAGAAUUGCUACAUUUUCUGGAGGAAAUGAUGGCUGAUCACGAUUCUCAGUUUCUUAUUGAACUAGAUGGAAAUAAAUCUGCAGAGGAGCUCCAUAGGGCAGUAAUAGACAGGUUUGAGUGCCUUGGAUUGAGAAGAGCAGCGGUUAUAACUAGACUUCAGAGUUCUGAGGAGGAACUGUCAGACAUCAUGGAGAAUGAGGAAUUAUUUCGGACUCUUGCAUCUUAUAAAUUAAUUGCACCCAGAUAUAGGUGGCGCAGAAGCAAAUGGGGGAGAGCUUGCCCUGUUGCUUUAAAAGAAGGUAACAUUUUGAUGGGAUUGGCAGAUUUGAGUGUCAGUUUUCUAGGUAGAAUGUACUGUCUUUCAUCUGAAGAGGCACUCAGUGCAUUUAUGAGAAAUCCACGUCCUUACCUUCUUCCACCUAUGCCAAUGCCACCAUGUAAAGUUUUUAUUUAUGGACCAAAAUCCUCAGGGAAAACAACUCUAUGUAAAUUAAUUGCAGAAAAUUAUAAAGCAAAGGUUCUUGACUAUGUAGAAAUUAUGGAACCACAUGUCCAAGAAGCCCAAAAAAACUACUUAGAUAAAGCUCAAGCUGAGGCAACUGACGCGGCUAUUAAAUCUGUGACAGAUAGAUUAUUGAUGGAAAAAAUGAUGAAAAAAACUGAGGAGGCAGAGAAGGCAGAAGAAGCAAAACUAGAAGAAAAAGACUCGCUGAGAAAAACUGGGGAGGAUGAAGUUGGAGAAAAAGAUGCAGAAGAAAAAGGUGUAGAAGAGCGAAUCUCAGAACAUAUCCUGGAAGAUGGCAGUGAAAAAGAAGGUACAGCGAUUACUUCAACAACCAGUGUCAAACAAACCAGUGAAGACCUUGAAGGCAAAGCUGAACCAGAAUCUUCAGACAUAGUGGUAACUGCUGAUCAUCCAGGAGUCCAGGAGUUGGUUGAUGAAGCCAUGAAAUUUGCAAGAGAGAUUACAAUUGAACUUCAGUUUGAGGAACAAGCUGACAUACUGGAAAAAGUCUUGAAUGAUCUUGCUGAGAAACAGAAGGACAGGUUUCCUGGUGCACCAAAGUAUGGAGGAUGGGUGAUGGAUAAUAUUCCUCUGAAUCGAGAGUUAUGGCUAGCCAUAAAAGAGAAAGGACUUCUUCCUGAUGUUGUUGUUGGAUUAGAAGAUUCAGAAAAUCAAGGAAAAUUUUUACUUACUAGGCUGUUUUUAGAGAACAUAGCUGAUAUUGCUGCUCAGGUGCUAAAAAGAAAAAGGGAUGAAGCAGAAGAAAUGAGGGUAUUGGAAAUGCUAUCUAAAAGAAAAUCAGAUGAACCAACAGUUAAAUUUAAAGAUAAAGAAAAAGAACCUCAUGAUCAACCUAAAAGAUCUUUAGAAGAAGCUAUUGAGGAGACAGAAGUAGAAGCUGAGGAACGUGAGAUGGUGGAAUCUGAGCAGGGAGCAUUUGAAGGAGAGGAAUCUGAAACUACAGCAGAAGCUGAGGCUGAAGCUGCUCUUGGAAAAGAACCAGAAGAAUCAGAAGAGACAGAUCCAUACAAAGGAAUAUUGCCUGAUUAUUCAGAAGAAGAUGGUUACCCUGAUGUCCCAGAAAUGGAGCCAAUGAAAGAGCACCUUAGAAUUUACACAAAUAGGUGGAAAAGCUUAGAGAUACUGAUUGCUGAGACUCCUUUGCUUCAGUUAUUAAACUUGGAGAUUGCAGACAAAACUCCGGAGGAGCUACUUAAGACUGUAACUGAUGCUAUGGACAAACCUUUCAAAUAUAUCGGAUGGGAAAUGGGUUUGGAAGAUUAUGAUGAAGAAGCAGAUGACUUUCAAGCUGAGACAGAAGCUGAAGAAGAGCUAGAAGAAGCUGAACAAGAAGCUGAAGAUGAGGAUGAUGAAGAGAGAAUUAAAGAGAAAAGGAGACAUUUGGGAGACUCGAGGCACUUUUGUCCAGUAUCUCUCCAAGAAAACUUUAUGCUAUUUCCAGGUCCCCCAGAUGAUGGAGCUAAGUAUCGAGAAAAAGUUUACUAUUUUUCAAGUAUUGAAGCAAGAGAGAAGUUUUUGGAGCUUUCUGAAGAAUUUGUGGCUCAUGACGAACCACUGAAGGCUCCUCCAUUGAGGAUAUGCCUUAUGGGUCCCCGCGGAGCUGGCAAGACUGUCUGUGGUCGGUGGUUAGCUGAAAAAUUGGGCAUAUUUCACAUUCAGUAUGAAGAAUUUCUCCAAGAAAAAAUUAUGGUCAAGACUGAGAGGAAAGUUGGACCUGAAUAUGAUGAAGAAAUUGAGGAUGAAACUGCUGCCAGACAGGAACUAGAAGAAAUUGCAGCACAGGCGAAUGUUACACUUGAUGAAGAAAAAAAAAGACCGAGAAAAGAACUUGCAUUAACUGAUGAGGAAGAAGCAAUUAAAACAAGCCUCAUGGAUGGUGAAGCAUUACCACCAGAAAUAAUGGAUAUCUAUCUUAGUGAAUGGUGGCUUAAAGACCCAAUACGCUCUACAGGAUUUAUCCUGGAUGGAUUCCCAAGAAAUUUAGAGGAAGUACAAUUUCUAGGUGAGCAUGGACUUUGCCCAGAUGUUGCCAUUGGUCUAGUAGUUGAAGAACAAGAUAUUGUAGAACGCCUUCUUCCUGAAGCUAUUGGAAAAUGGAAAGACAAACAAGCAAAAAAGGCCACAAGAAAUAAAAUUAUUAAAGAAAUGAAGGCAAAAAUUAGGGAUGAUUUGAUUGCUAAAAGAAGAGCUGAACUUAUAGCAGAGAGAGAAAAAAGAAGAAAAGAGCCAAGCAAGGAUGAGUAUGAGUCAAGUGAAGAAGAGGCUGAGGAAGAGGAAGAAGAUAAUAUUGAGGCAAUUCUGGAAGAAGAAUUCCCAAAAGAUGAGGAAGAGAUGACUGAGGAAGAAGAAGAACAAGAAGAGGAUGCUAUUGACAGAAUAAAAAUUGAAAUGGCAGAGAAGUUUGAAGUAGAUUUAAAUAAUCUGCAAGCAAUACAGGAUGAAUUUGAAAAACUAUUGAUUCCAUUUAUUACUAUUGUUGGAGGACGGAAGCUUCAUAUUGUACAGUAUCUGUUUUAUAAGAAACUGCAGAAUCUAGUGGAAAAUCGUGAGAGUAUCUUUGAGAAAUGUUAUCCAAUAUCAUUACCACUUGCUCAGAAGAUGCUUGGUCUCACCUACAAAUUUCCAAGUUCAUUUGGUCAAUGGGACCCUGUGAAGCUCUAUGAAGGAGAUGCCAUCAAACCUUUAGUGAAUGCAGCUAAUCCAACCUACCCUGUAAUCCAUCGACAAUAUAUUUAUUUUUUAUCCAGUAAAAUAAAUAGAGACAAAUUUGUAAAGAACCCAAUCAAAUAUAUCCGUCAGCCUAAACCAAAACCUGCUGUGCCCAUUAAGAUUGCAAUUGUUGGGCCUCCCAAAUCUGGGAAAACCACAGUUGCCAAAAAGUUUGCACGCGAAUUUGGCUUAAUGCGUUUGACAGCAGGAGAUGCCAUGCGUAUGAUACUCAACAACCAUCCAGAAACGGAGUUGGCACUUAUGUUAAACUGGCAUCUUCAUAAAGGAUUAACCACACCUGAUGAGCUGGCUACCCAGUCAUUAGAGACUGCUCUGAUGGAUAAUGUGUGCAAUACUGCAGGGGUUGUGAUUGAUGGAUAUCCUGUCACGAAACAUCAGGUGGACCUCUUGGAAGCAAGAAGUAUCAUUCCUGUGAUAAUUUUUGAGUUACAAGUCCCUACAAAGGAGAUCUUUAGGAGAGCACUAAUAGAUAACAAAAUGAAUGAAAGUUUGCCUUAUCCAGUACAUAACAGCUCCCAGAUUUUGUCUAUCAAAAACUCAUGUCUAAACCAGAACAGAGUUUUUAUUAAGGAAUUUUAUGAAGUACAACAUCAAAACUGGUGUGUAAUUGAUGGAUUUCACAGCAAAUGGUGGGUAUGGAAUGAAGUGCUUAUGAAUGUUCAGAAUAUGAAUAAACGAAUCCAGCUAUAUUUGGAAAGGGUAAGAGCAGGUAAAGCUGCAAGCAUUAAUAAACUCUGCAUCACUCCUCAAGAGCUGUAUUCUCGACUGGGAGAAUUUGGGCAGUACUGCCCCGUCAGCUUGGCAGAAAAGAAUGAACUGGUUGACUGUUCUGUAACCAGCUCCCUAGAGUUUGCAGCUGAAUUCAGAGGUCACUAUUAUAAAAUGAGUUCUAAAAAGGAACUGGACAAAUUCCUGGAAACCCCAGAAAUGUAUGUGCCUCCUUUAGCACCUACUCCUCUCCCACCACCAGAGUUAUUACCUAAAAGGCUGACGGUGGCAGAUGUAAAGAAUCAAUUCCCUAAAAGUGCAGAACUUCUGGGAUAUUGUCCAGUCACUUACUUGGAUGGGAAACAAAGAUAUGAAGCCCUUAUACCCGGAAAUAUUGAAUAUGCUUUAGAAUAUCGUAAGUGUAUAUUCCUUUGUGAGAGUGAAGAGAAGUUGCAGAAAUUUUUGAGGUUACCAGAGAAAUACUGGGAUCAGAAACUUCCAAAGAAACUUCCUCCAAUUAAAGAGCCAAUAUCACUUACCAGCCUUCCUUUGCCUGGAUACCUGGAACAGGGUGCAGCAACUUCUCUAAUUAAAGCCAUGAAUGAAGUAGGCUGCUUAAAGCCCAAGUUUCCCUUCCAAAGUAUAAAGAAAUCUGCUUUACUCUACGUAGCACUUCAUCUAAAAGCAUUUAAUCCUAAAGGUUCUGAAUAUUCACGGAAAAAAUAUAAGAAGAAGCUGGAGCAAUUCAUAGAAAGAUGUGAACUCAUCAGCUAUUUGGGUUCCAAGAUGACCAGAAAAUACAAGGAACCUCAAUUCAGAGCCAUUGACUUUGACCAUAAAUUACAGACCUUUUUAUCUCUUAAAAACAUGAACCCUAUCACUGGUUAAUUUAGUGACACAUGGUUAGAUUAUCCUCCUAUGGGAAAAUCUCCAGUCUGGGAAAGGAAAAAAAAAUCAAAAGCUACUACAUUCUCUGUUCUCUAUUUUUCAAGUUUCUUUCUGGAUGGCCUGAUAAAAUAUUCUAACAUAUCUGUCAGGUGCCUCUGUCCAUCAGAAAGGAAUAUCUUUCUAAGUAUAAGGUUUUUAAUCAAAGGAAGUAUCUCUUUUUAGCACAUUUUUUGGUUUCUUAACAAAAGAAUAGUCCUAUUAUCUUAUUUGUCAAGAUAUGCUUUAGAAUGCUAUUAAAAGUAACCAUGUUUCUUUGCUUUGUUUUUGUUCUUUAAAGUAGGUUAACUGAGAAACUAAACAACCUUUUUGAUAAUUAGAAAAAGAUACUCAUUAAAUAUGUUGUACAAUUGCAAACAUAAAAAUAAUAUAGAUGCAAAAUAGGCAUGUUAGAUGUAUUCUCAAUAUAUGUGAUUGCUUUGUAAGGAGAAUGAACAUAAUUUUGUCAUAAAACUUUCCCUAACUUAAUCUACAUAUGAGUAAAUGUGGGUUGUUGUUUUAUAAUA